AUGUGUUUGACACUGAAAUGCAUUCAUUUAGUUGUGUUUCUAUUGCUUUCCAACACUUUUGUCAUUAAGUCAUUGGAUGUGUUGGAAGUGACAGACAAUGACUUCAAGAGUGACUUAUUGUUGCCAACCAUUCAAAUUAUAUUAUUAGUCAAUCCGUACAAUAAGGCAUCGAUUCUGCCGUUCAGUUUGGGAUCAAUUGAACGACAAUUAUAUCCCAAACACAGAAUCAAAGUAUGGAUUCAAAGCGAACUCCUCGUCAGCGAUAAGUCGGACGAUAAGGACAAGAAGGAGCUCUUCCAGCAAAUGCUUGAUUUGAAUGCAAUGACUGUCGAGAUGUUGAGGAAAUGGAUUCGAGACAAUCGGAAGCAAUACAAUGACAUUGAACUCGUUUUAGGCCAUCAAUCAGUCCAAGACUUACACGAAGACAAGUAUUGGACAACCGAUAGAUUCAAGCGUUUGAUUGAAAUGAAAAGCUAUGGCUUAGAGAUAUCGCGACAAAAUUGGGCACAUUUUGUACUUUUCAUGGACUCGGAUGUGGUUCUGACACACAAUCAGGUGUUCCUCACUUUGACCCGAAGUGAUCAUAUGAUAGCAAUGGCGCCAAUGCUAUACUCUUUGGGCACUUAUUCCAACUUCUGGGCCGGAAUCACACCAAAGGGUUAUUACAACAGAACUGAUGAUUAUCUGCCAAUUCUCGAGAGACAACGAAUGGGAGAGUUUGCGGUUCCGAUGAUUCAUUCGUGUCUUUUCAUUAAUAUCAGACACAAGAAGUCAUUUAAUUUGACAUUUGAUUCGCGACUCAUCACCCAAGAGGUGUCCCCUUUCGAUGAUAUCAUAGCAUUUGCCAAAUCAGCCAAAAUGAAUGCCAUAAACCUAUACAUUAAUAACGAGGAGGUCUGGGGUUAUAUUCCUCCUCCCGUUGACAGCACUGUUAGUUCACUCAAGUCUAUAGAACAGGAUGUCAUUGAUCUGGAGUUGGAAUCACUAGUCGAAGGCCCGGAGUUUCCAAUCGCUUCUUCACUUCAGUCAUACGUGAGUCGCGAGAAGAACGACGAAUUGAAUGUCGAUUCCGUUUAUGUCAUUAAUUUGGUCCGAAGAGCGGAGCGACGCAAACGAAUGGUCACGUGUUUGCAAAUACUGGGCAUUGAGGCCAACAUAUGGGACGCCGUCGACGGCAAGCAAUUGAAUGACGAUAUGAUUGAGUCGAAAGGCAUUCGCGUAAUGGAGGGAUACUUAGAUCCGUACCACAAGAGACCGAUGACUUUCGGCGAAAUCGGAUGCUUUCUCUCGCAUUACCACAUUUGGGAGGAUAUGAUUGGUCGCAAUCUAUCUAAAGUAAUAGUACUCGAGGACGACGUCAGGUUUGAACGCAAUUUCAAGAAUCGCUGGAAGAAAGUGUUGUCCAAAUUUGACACAAAUACUCACGACUUCCUAUAUUUGGGACGAAAGAUACAGGACUCCAAGAAUGAGAGUAUGUUUAACGAGCUUUUCGUAGAGCCCACGUACUCUUAUUGGACGGUCGGCUAUAUGAUAACCAGAUUAGGCGCUCAAAAGUUGCUUGAUGCCAAACCCUUGGAACACAUGAUUCCUGUGGACGAGUUUUUGCCCGUAAUGUAUGACAAACACUCGGAUGAGCGCAUGAAUCAACACUUUCCAGUCCGCAAUUUGAGAGCUUUAAGUGUUUAUCCAUUACUUAUAUAUCCCACUCAUUAUGUCGGAGAUAACCAAUACAUUAGUGAUACUGAAGACUCGGAUAAAACUGAGUUAACCUCCAAUACUAUUCAUCCAAAGCACACAGAAUUGUAA